AUGGCCGACGACUUCGAUAUCGACAGCGACUUUGAGGUCGUCUCGUCCGCGCCGCCCAGUGGCUUGAAGCGGAACGGCAGCGGCUCAGUGACGAGCGGAAGCAGCGGUAAAGAGAUAAUCUACGACCAAGAAGUGGCCGCAAAGCUGGGAGAGCUCGACGUGGAGGUCGAGUCAGUGCACAACCAGAUCGCCGAGCUGCAAAAGCUCAAGGUCUCUCUUCUCCGCGAGCGACGCACGAUAUACAUCAACUACCUCAAGACGGUGCAGCAAGAAGGCUCUAAUUCGAGCCGCAAGCUCGGUGCAGACUACACCCUCGUCUCCUUCAGCUGGAGCGACGCUGUGCGGCUCGCCGCCCUGUCGGUGUUUGGCAUUUCUUCGUUCCGCUUCUGCCAAGAAGCCGUCAUCAAUGCAGCCAUGGAUCGUCGACACGCCGUUGUGGUCAUGCCUACGGGAGGCGGCAAGUCAUUGUGCUACCAGCUCCCUGCCAUCCUCAACCCAGGUGUCACGCUUGUAGUGUCGCCUCUCAUCUCACUCAUGACAGAUCAGGUGCUCCAUCUGCAAGAGGUUGGCAUCGAGUCCGAGUUGCUCUGCGGAAGCACUUCGCGCGAGGAUUCCAACGCCAUCCUUAAGCAGAUCCGACUGGGAACAUGCUCUGAAGGUCGUGCGUCAGCCUCCUCCUCGUCGACAAAAUCGCGAGACACGGGCUGGAAUCAGCACCAGAACGACGGCAUCAAGCUGCUCUACGUCACUCCCGAGCGCAUCGCCAAGUCCAAGACAUGCCUGUCUGCCCUACAAAGCGCCUACGAGCAAGGUCGACUUUCUCGCAUCGUCAUCGAUGAAGCACACUGCUGCUCUCAGAUGGGUCAUGACUACCGACCCGACUAUGCAAAGCUGUCUCUUCUCCGCAGACUCUUCCCCAAGACUCCAGUAAUAUGCCUCACCGCCACAUGCGGUCCGAAGGUGCUCAAGGAGAUCCUCGAGAUCAUUGACUUACCACCCAUCACAGAGCCUGACAAUGCUGCUCCGAUGCGUACCAUCUACUUUACGGCGCCUCUCUUCCGCCCCAACCUGCUAUAUCAGGUGGUGCAGCGUCCACAACAGGCGAAUGCGGCUUCCGAAGCCAUUGUCGAUUAUAUUCUCCAACAUCAUGCAGGCCACAGCGGCAUUGUCUAUUGCCUUUCGCAGGCCGACACCGAAGCCACAGCAAAGUCGCUCACCGAGGUCAGCAACGGACGUAUAAAGACCAGUCGCUAUCAUGCCGGACUUGACGAUGAGAGCAAGCAACUGAUCCACACGGACUGGCGCACGGGUCGCAUCCAGGUGGUCUGCGCCACCAUCGCUUUCGGAAUGGGCAUCGACAAGCCAGAUGUGCGCUUCGUUAUCCAUGCAUGCAUCUCCAAGUCGCUUGACGGCUACUAUCAGGAGACGGGACGUGCGGGUCGAGAUGGACAGAACUCCGAUUGCGUCUUAUUCUAUCGUCCUCAGGAUGCCAUUCGCAUGAGCUCGCUGGUGGCCGGCGAGCCUACCGGGCAAGAGAAGCUGUCUGCCAUGCUCGAGUAUGCUCAAUCGGCUCGAUGUCGACGUCAGCUGUUUGCAGACUACUUCUCAGACAUGUUUGAUAAAAGUGACGAUCAGCGUUCCCGAGCUUGCGAAAUCUGCGACAACUGUGUAGGCAAUCGCUCGACGCUACUCAUGGAUGCACGCAAAGAAAUGUAUCAGCUGCUCGCCAUUCUGGCCGAGAUGUGCAGGCAGGGAGGAAGGAUCACCUUGACGAGCCUUUCCGAUGUGGCCCGCGGAUUGGGAGGUGGUAAGUUCAACCUCGACCCAAAUUUGGCCGGCUCAAAGAAGGGCAAGGCAAACUCGAGCAGCGCAAACACAGCGAAGGCUGGAGUGCUCGACAUACAAGCCGUAGCCGGUGGCAAGAUGACGUUGCAUCGCGACGUUGUCGACCGCCUGAUCGUCCACGGCAUCCUGUCGCAACUGAUCGAGCAGAGCUAUUCAGCUACAGCGUAUACGGUCAACGUCUACCUGGAAUUGGGCCCGAAGGCAACGCGAUUCCUCCGCCAUCCGCUCUCGACUCUAUCGGUUCCAGCGCAAUUGGAGAAGCUACCACCCGUGCAGAUUCUGCCGCCUCUAGCUACUGCCACAGCUGGCGCCAAGUCGACAGUCAAGCGAUCAGCAUCGAGUGCUGGCGUGACGUCGAGCGAAACAGAGAUGCAGCGCAAGAAAGGCUGCUCCGAAGCGCCGAGCGACACACCUGGCUCGACCGCCAAAAGCAAGUCGUCUGCAAGUGGCGACUCUAAAAGCAACGGAAGCGUGGCGAGAAAGAGUGCACCUGCAUCCAAACUUGCCACCAAGAACGGCUCGCAGGACAGCGUCGGAGCAUCCGCGUCCGAUGCCAUCGUUAUCGACUAG